AUGACAAGCAUAGCAGCAGGAGGUUCCCUUAUUCCACUUCAUGGAUGUGGAAAUUUAAGGGUCACUAACCCUUCCAUUUCUUUAGCUGGUCCUCCUUUGACAGCCAUAGAUAGGUUUUUGUGGGGACAACAACAACAACAAAGCCACUAUGCUCAGAAGCAACAGCCACAGAACGUUGCAAACAAUAUUAGCCAUGCAAGUGCUUUGGAUGGUAAUAGUUUUGGGGGUUCAACCUACAAGAUCAUGUGGCCUAAUGGUAUUACUCAAGAAGUAAGCUUGGUUGAACAGCUUUUAGCAAAUGAUCAUGAAGAGGCUCUGAAUUGGUCACAACAAGUCCCAUCACUGUGCUUGAAAGAUGAUGUGCAUGUUUCAGGGAAGAAGAAUUUCAAUGUGGUGGGACGAAGACCUAAGAAAGGGUCUGUGCCCUUGAUCAAAGGACAGUGGACUGAUGAAGAAGACAGGAAACUGUUGAAGUUGGUGAAGCAGCAUGGUGUAAGAAAAUGGUCUCAAAUAGCUGAGAAGUUGGAUGGAAGGGCUGGCAAACAGUGUAGAGAGAGAUGGCAUAAUCAUCUGAGACCUGAUAUUAAGAAAGAUAGUUGGAGUGAAGAAGAGGAGAGGAUAUUAGUAGAAAGCCAUGCGAUGAUUGGAAACCGUUGGGCAGAGAUUGCAAAGCGCAUUCCAGGAAGAACAGAAAAUGCCAUAAAGAACCAUUGGAAUGCCACCAAAAGAAGACAAAACUCAAGAAGAAAGAACAAAAGAGCAGCAACCUCAAAUGGAAAACCACACUCCUCUAUUCUCCAAGACUACAUCAGAACCUUGACUCUCACCAAAACUGUCACCACUCCCUCUAUUCAACAACACCACCCUAAACUCUCUGAUUCUCUCUCCAUUGACAUCAAUUAUUCCUCAUCACCACCACUAGUGGCUGAGUCAUACGAUGAUGAGAUGCUCUUCAUGCAACAACUUUUCAAGGAGAAUAAUGCCAAUGUUGAUGAAUCUCUUAAGCACUGCUCCAGGAAUAAUAGUAAUAAUAACUCUUCAGCCUCAUUUGUUUCUUGCUACGAUCAAAGUAAUGAUGAUGGUGGUGGUCAGAUUCUCACUGAUGUCAGUCAUUGUGGGUUUGCUCAUUCCAACCCUAACAACACAAACAACGUUAACUCACAUAAUAACAUUUGCUUGGAUGAGAGUUUGUUCAUCUCUAGAAACCCUAGCUACCUUGAUUCUGAUGUCUGUUUCUCUCACUUGCUCAAUGGAACUUCUGGUUCAUCAUUUUGCUAUAACUAUGGGAUUCACAACCAGAAUAUGGAUAUGCAGCAGGUGAAUGAUCAAGAUAAUUGGUUACAAGGAAAGAGUGGAGUUUGUUUCUUCUGA